AUGCGUAAUAUUUGCAGAUUGCGGGAUUUUCCUGAACGCGUAAAAUCCAAGGGCUUUCUCUCAUCAGUUUUUGAUAUUGAAGUAUUACCGGCUUUACCUGUUUUGGAAUUGAAAACUUCAUUGAGUCGAGCUCCGAUCUCUGAAGAUGAUGUUGAACCAACCGCUGAAAUAACUGUUUAUUCUGGACAAACCUUCGAACAUAGUGUAUCACUGGUGAAUACUAGUGAAACUAUUACAAUACGGAAUGUUAAUUUGGUCGUCCGACAACCGAAAGUUUGUGGUGGUCCUUGUAUGAUUGAAAUUGCGAACACUGAAUGGCUGGAGGAUAAUGUUAACAGUAUUCAAUUAAAGCGGAUCGAACCUUUGGAAAGGAAACAAAUCAAAUUCAGAAUUUUUGGAAUUGAUCCGUCGGCUAUGGCCGAAGAUGACUCACAAAAAGAACGAAACAGAGAUGCAGAGGU